UCCGCAAAAAAAGAAUUUGCGGUCGAGAAUUUUCUUCCUUCCUAUCUUCGCUACUGAAAGAACGUGGAGUGAGAGAAACGCGAGAUUAAUGGACGCUAAAUAUAUAACAUGUGUUUUAUAAACACAUGUAGGCAUACUGUGGGAUAUACAGAGAGCCAGAAGAGCAGACAGCUAAGUGCUCAGUAUUAACGAGCAAGAGCGCGCGGCAAGAAGUCAUCAAUUUGAUGUCUAGGAAAUUGAUUGAGAUUUAAGAAUCGUCAUCACGCAUUGUCAACAUUUGACUGAGAAAAAAAAUAACUUCUUACGACACGUUUAUUAUCGAAAUCGACCUUAUUUGUUCAUGAAGGAUGGUGUCGAACUGAUUUAGUGAAGAAAUUUUCCACCAUGUGAUUAUAAUACAUAUUUAUUUGAUUUGGAUACCCUCUUUUUUAAAGCGCAAGUUCAAAGAAAAAUGCGACUAUGUCGAAUCCCAGCAAGAGCUUCUUCAAGAGACUUUCCAGCAAUCAUCUGACAGGAGAGACGUCAAGGAUGGAGACCAACAACGACAAGAAAGAAAACGAGGAUAUUUGGAUGAACAAGAUAGAAAAUGAUGAUAGAAAUUACAUCUCCUCCGAGGAUAGCGCGGAAUCUGUCACAUGUCACAUACAAUCCGCACCGAUGACGCAGGAACAACCCUGGAGCAAGAAAGAAGUCGUGAUAGCGUUAUCGAAUCUUCCGGGAGGCGAAGUCGCUCUGUCUCUGAUUCCAGGUCUUCACGACGAGGCCCUCCAAAGGGUUCUCGAAGAAUUUCGAAGCUUGACUCUCAACGAAAAUGCGGACUGCAAGCAUCGCAACUUCUCGGUGUCCACGUUCGCGGAUGAAUUUAUGCGAAAAGCUCUAUUGGCUAGCGAAAACGGAGCAGCGGCCACUGCAACUCCAGGACAACUACUAGCGGGAUGGCCAGACACGUGUCUGCUCGUCUCCUGCUGGCUGGGUCACGUGGAGAUCGCGAAGGCUUUGUUGGACAAAGGCACACCAGUUUCCACGAGCGACAACGAUGGAAGAACGUCGUUACACCUGGCAGCGUGUGCCGCAUCCGUGAAGAUCGUGGAGGAGCUGCUGAAACACGGCGCUGAUCCACACGAGUGGGACCUCGCAAAGAAGUACACUCCGUUGCAUUGCGCCGCCGCGGCUGGAUGCGUUGCUACCGUCAAAUGCCUAAUCAAGUCGGGCGCAAAUUUGGACGCCGGAUUAUCCGGCAGGAGUCCGCUCCACUACGCCGUGCUGAACAACGCCGGGGAUUGCGUCGAGGCUCUACUGCAAGCAGGUGCUUGUCCUAAUAAUCCGCAGGUUUACACAGAGACACCUCUGCACGUGGCGGUUAGCCUCGGCAACGUCCGUUGCACCAAGUUGCUGUUGAGUUACGGCGCGGACGUGAGAGUACAGCUGGGAGUUGCUAGAUCGACGCCUCUACACUUGGCGGCCGAGGAGGGCAGCGCGGAAUGCACCAAGUUACUUCUAAACGCUGGUGCGACCUGGGAGGCGAGAAACUCGCGCGGUCAAAUGGCGAUGCACUUAGCGGCACUCGCGCAAUCCGUAGAGACGAUAGACGUGUUGAUUAGUGUCGGCGCCAAGGUGGACGUAGAGGACAAUGAAGGACGCACUCCUUUACACGCCGCGGUCGGGAAGGCUCUAAGAGGCAGCGAGCUGGUCAAGAAUUUAAUACAGGCAGGUGCACUAGUCAACAAAGCGGACAAGUUUGGUUACACGCCGCUGCACCUCGCGGCCUUGAACGAGAGCUCGCCUACGGUAAUGAUAUUGUUGUCGAAAGGCGCCGAUGUGACGGCGCGUACCAAUGGCGGCGUCACCGCCCUUAGCUUCAUCAUACGUCGCACCCCGGAAGUGUUAUCGCGAUUUGUGGCGCGUCUCGAUCAAGCAAUCUCGCUGCACGAUCACGAACUGGGCGACGUGGACUGCGAGCUGCGGCUGGACUUUCGACCGUUGGUACCGGGCGGUCCCGGCGAGACCGAUCUGAUGCUGUGCCUGGUGGAGGUCGGUCAGGGUCACAUGCUGAAGCAUCCGCUGUGCGAGAGCUUUCUCUACCUCAAGUGGCUGCGUAUUCGCAAAUUCUUCUUGCUCAGUCUCAUGUUCCACUCGAUCUUCGUCGCCUUCUUCACCGGUUUCGUCUGCGCGACAUAUUUAUGGCACUUAGAACAGCUGAGCCGUAUCCUCCUCUGGCCGGUGCUAGGUUUAACCUUCAUGUUCGCGAGUAAAGAGAUCUUCCAGAUGGCCCACGGUAUUUGCAAUUACGCUAAACGCUGGGAAAACUGGCUGCAGUGGAGCGUGAUCAUAGCAUCCGGCAUCAUCUUGAUUCCGCCAGCGCGUAUCUGGCAACAUCACAUUGCUGCUUUGGGCAUCCUGCUGGCCUGGAUCGAGCUGAUGAUUGUAGUCGGUCGUUUUCCUAUGUUCGGCAUCUACGUACAGAUGUUUACCCAAGUGUCUAUCAAUUUCUUCAAGUUUCUCGCGGCCUACGUCUGCCUCAUAAUCGGCUUCUCUCUCGGCUUCAGCGUGCUGCACAAAAACUACAAGUCCUUCACCGAUCCGCUGAUCAGUCUGCUCAAGACGGUGAUUAUGAUGUCCGGUGAGCUGGAAUUCGAGGACAUUUUCUUCGACGAUGACGCGCCGGUUUUGUAUCCUGGCACGUCACAUCUCAUGCUCCUCAGCUUCGUUAUCCUGGUGACAGUGAUACUGACGAAUCUGAUGGUCGGCCUGGCUGUGUCGGAUAUUCAGGAGUUACGCAGAUGCGCCGGCCUCGAUCGUCUGGUGCGUCGAGCCGAGUUGGUGGCUCACCUUGAAAACAUGCUGUUCUCCAAAUUGUUAGAUCGUGCUCCCGCCUGGAGAAUAAUACGAGCGUGCAGGAGAAGCGCGCUGUUGCUACAUCCGCCGUAUCACUGCGCCGUGCACAUUCGGCCGAAUGAUCCGCGAGAGAGGCGUCUGCCCCGGGAAAUCGUCCGGGCGGUUUAUCGCCUGGUCAGCGAACGAAGAACGCGACGGACGACCUUCCGCGGCGGCGCGCCACCGCGAAACGUCGCCGCGAAUGAAUCGACGAGUAACGUCGGGCUCGGCAGAAGGUACAGCAACGAAAGUAAUCAUCAGCAACAGCAGCAGCUGAACGAGCUCGCGGCCGAGCUGAAGAUGUACUCGUACAACAUCAGCACCAGGCUGGAUAGUUUAACGGAUAAAGUGGAGAAUAUCACCCGGGAGUUGGAUAUGACGGUCCAUUUACAUUAACAUUCUAAUGCCUAAUCUUUCUGUCUCGUCCAGCAUUCGAAUGGUUUGAAAGAAGCGAAAAAUCGCGAGGGGUUGGUCACUGAGGUAAUUUUUCGCACAAGGGCUAAGUAAUUCAGCGAUAAUCCAAAGGAAAUCCAAGAUAAUUUUUAAUAAUUUUAAAUAAUAUUUAACAGUCUCAGGCAUCUUGAAUAAUCUAAUAAGAAAUCUAAGUAAUCUAAGGAUAAUAUCAAAUAAUCUGUAGGUAAUUCUAGAUAUUCUUAAGGUAGUUUCUAAUAAUCUAGAGUAAUCUAAGGUAAUCUUUAAUUUUUGAAGUUAGUGAACAUUAUUGACGAACUUGUAUUUUUACAAGUAAUUUUUUACAAGUAACUUUUUGUACACUAUAACCACUAGUGACCAACUCCUCGAAAAAUCGAGACACAAAUUAAAUAUAACGCAUGAUCUGUGCUAGAGCAGAGUCUAAAAUUAAAUAAAAGAUUACAAAAGUGUGAUCGAGACAUCCAUCCGAGGCAAUUCGAAAAAGGAUGUAAAUGACUUGAGAUGAAAAAAAUGUAAAUUUUAACAACCUAAUCCAUAUGAAGAUCCAUUAGAAGAGUUCGUGAAUUUAAUAAACUGCAUAUUUCCAGAAUUAUUUUAUAUGAAUACGUAUAUUUAUCGUAAAUCAUAUUAAAAUGUAAUAUUAUUUUUUGUACUUACCAAUAAUCUAGCUGCGUAUCGCUUUCCUGAUUGCAACUGUACAGAAGCGAAUUCGGCCGAUGUCUUCGGGAGUUUUACCUCGGUGAUCUUAGACUCGUGAACCACAGUCACAUUUUCCUUCUGAGAAAGCUGCUUGUUGAUCGCGUGUAACAGCAGAUCGUUUUCAAUUAUGUAUGCCAGUUCCUCAGACAAGUGGUCCUCGUUAAAUGUUAUCAUAGCAUCGGAACAGGCGUCCCAAAUCUACUGAAAAAGUUGUACUUAAAUUUGUACUUAAAAAGUUGUACCUAAAUUUGAUAGAAUUUUUAAUUUUUUGUAAUAUGUAGAAUAGAGCAAGAAAAUAAUAAAA